GUAACCUGUUUACAUUGGAAAAUAAUGGCACCACGUAAACGAGAUCCUUUGGAACAGCUACGCAUUCCCGACAACCGGGUCUACGAAAGUAUAGGCCAUGAGAUAAACCUAAGCCGGGCCGAUCGAAGAAAAAGUGCACAGCCGGUCACCUAUUCACUAAAGGAUCUUAUACCACCAAUUUCGCUACAUUCAACUCGAUCUAAUCACAGAACAACAAAACCCAAUACAAGGGCCAGCCAGCCCCCACAAAUAUUACUGUCAGAACCUACGGAAGAAGUAUCUGCUUCCAAAAGCAGUCAAUUAAGAAAGACAGCCGUACUACUUGAUAAGAAAUUCAUGAUUACAGUUAAAUACCCUGAUAAAUACAAGUGUGUGUUUGAUAAACAUAAACCAAGUGCCAAACCUGACCCCAAACCAAGUGCAAAACCUGACCCGAAACCCGUGAUAAGAAAACUUGAUCCCAAACCCGUCACCAGGAAACUGGAUCCCAAACCUAAUUCCAAACUGGAGAUGGAAAAACCUGAUCCUGAGCUUGAUAACAAAGACCUUCCAUAUAGAGGGAUUCUACCAUAUCCUGAUUGUAUUAUAAAUGAUACGGAUCCCACUAGACAAGAUCGAGAGCUUUUCCAAAAGCUCCAGGAACAAAUUGAAAAGAAGAAAAUACCAGAAAACCCCAUGACAGACGAAUACGAAUCAAGUUAUCUCAAGUCUCAGAUCAAAGCGAUCCGAUUCCGCCAGUAUGAGAUCGAUACCUGGUACACCUCACCUUACCCGGAAGAAUACUCUCAGUGUUCCACCUUGUACAUUUGUGAACAUUGCUUGAAAUACAUGAAGUCUUCAUUUUCCUAUGAACGUCAUCAAUUGAAAAAUUGCAACAUGUCCAACAAACACCCACCGGGCGUCGAGAUAUACAGAGAUGCCCGAAAUAGGGUUGCAGUGUGGGAGGUAGAUGGCAGGAAGAACAUCAAUUACUGUCAGAGUUUGUGUCUUUUGGCCAAAUUGUUUCUCAACUCCAAAACCUUGUACUAUGACGUUGAGCCGUUUAUUUUUUACGUCUUGACAGAAAUAGAUCCACUAGAUCCAUCGGUGUAUCAUUUUGUUGGCUACUUCUCCAAGGAGAAGUUGAAUAGCUCUGACUAUAAUGUUUCCUGUAUUCUCACCUUACCGAUUUAUCAGCGUAAAGGCUAUGGUCACUUGUUGAUUGAUUUCAGUUACUUAUUAUCGAGGAAUGAAUUCAAGUUCGGAACCCCUGAGAAGCCUUUAAGUGACUUGGGACUACUCAGUUAUCGAAAUUACUGGAAAAUAUCUAUGGCUUAUAGGUUGAGAACCUUUGAUGUCAUGAUAUCAAUUGAAAAUCUUUCCAAGCUCAGUGGGAUGACCCCAUCAGACGUGGUGGUAGGUUUAGAACAACUCGAUGCUUUGGUUAAGAACUCAAAGACCAAUACGUUUGGGAUUGUCAUAAAUUUAGAAAAAAUCGACUCAGUAAUAAGCCGAUUUGAGGCUAAGGGCUAUGUCACUUUGGACUACAGCAUGCUAUUGUGGAAGCCAAUGUUGUAUGGGCCUUCAGGAGGUAUCAACUCGACUCCAGCAGUUGUGCCAUCUCAAAAUCCCACAGAUAAUGCUCCAAACUCCCAACCUCUCCACAACAGUAUAGGGUUAUUGACCAGCUUCAUGAAAGAUGAUAUUGAUAAUCCUUACACUUUUGAAGAAGAGGCGUUCAAAGAGGUGGAGAUUUCCCGAGAAGCUCCCAAAGAGUUCGUUCCCGAAGAGUUGACCUUGGGUAAUUAUGUGAUCUGC